AUGGCGAAAGCUUCCCAUACACUGCAAAAAGGUGCUGUCGUCCAGCACACCGCCAAAGCCCAUAACCUGAAAGGUCAACUUCCUGAAGGGAACAUGGAAUCUUUGGCAACAACCAUUCGUUUCGUCACGCUGAACUGCCGAACACUAUCAAGUGAACUCCAACAAGCUGCUCUAUCCAGACCUCUGCGAUAUCUCUGCGUGCCUUUUGCUGCACUGCAGGAAACACACAUGAGAGACCGGCCCGUCAUCAGCAUUGAAAAUUACACCAUAUACUGCGGUGAUGCUGAUGAGAACAAAGUAGGUGGCUGCGCGAUAGCUGUGAGGAACGAUUACAAGAACCUGGUGGAGGAAUUUAGCCCAACGUCGUCUAGAUGCGCCUUUUUACGACUGCGGGAUCGCAGAGGACGUAAACUCUGGAUCGUAAGUGCUCACGCACCUACGGAAACCGCUGAGAACAACAGUAAGGACGCCCUCUAUGAUGAACUCAAUGCGUUGAUGUCUAAAAUACCAAGCCAGCAGGUGGUCACUGUCGGAAUCGACGCAAAUGCGAAGAUGGGACUCGAACAGCAAUCCGAUGUGCUAGGAAAAUGGUACUAUGCAGCGGAGCGCACGUCGGACAGCGGUGCACGUCUGGUCGACAUUUGCGAACAGACGGGCCUCAUCACCGCUUCCACGUUUAAGAGGAAUCAUCGACGCCAUCAGCUCACGUGGCAGGGGUCAACCCUUUUAACGCCUGAAGAGCAGCGCAAGCGGAAGAUGAGGACUCUUCAGCUUCAGCUCGACUACGUUCUGGCGAGGAACAUUCCUCGGUCAGAUAUCCGAAAAUCUAGAGCUGUUUGGGACGUCGCGUUCGACUCUCCUCACCGAGGCUGUCUUCUCAACGUGCUCCGCGCCGAUGGAGUACCAGGAAAGUUCGUUCGCUUGCUUGAUGACAUGAAUCAACGAACAACUGCUGCAGUUCGAACACCAGCCGGAUGUACAACACCGUUUGAAGUGGUAACUGGAGUAAGACAAGUGGCAGUGGCAGGACCUUUCCUGUUCAAUUUCGCAAUCGACCACAUUAUGCGAAGAACAGUCGACCAGUGUCCUGCCGACAUUGUCUUAGCACCAUCAGGGUGCCCCUUGACUGACCUCGAGUACGCCCACGAUGUCGUUAUAUUCGCGGAAAGCAGUACGAAAAUUCAACAUGUUGUCAACCUUGUAUCGAAGCUGGCUACAGACUAUGGACUACGCCUACGCCCUGAUAAAUGCAAGCAGAUGUGGACCUCUUCGAGACUUUGA